CGCAUCUCCCGCUCUCCCCUCCUCUUGUCUUCCUUCUCCCCUCCAUCGCCUCCACAUACACGCGCACCGGCGAGCAAUGGGCCAAGGGGGCACCCUCAACCUCCUGAACGGCACGCCGUAUACGUGGACUCAGACGUACGUGCACUCGUACCAGAUGAACGCGUGGUCGUUCCCUGCGACACUCGCGCCUGGCCAGGUCGCGGCGGUGUACGUCGAGUGGGACCAGCACGUGUCGCACGACCAGGCGGACGACGCCGGCGAGGUCACGUUCGCGCUCGCAGACACGUCGUACGCGUUCCAGAUCCAGGCGCGCGCGCCCAAGGGCGUCUUCGCGCUCCAAGCCUACCUCGAAGCGAUCAGCACGCAGAACAACCCGCAGGGCAGCACGAUCCCGCUAGGCUGGGCGUGGAACGGCGCCGUGCCGUUCGUGCUCGCCGGCGCGUCGGAUAACUUCACGUCCAACAACCCGCCCUUGGCGUGGAUGCAAAGCGCGCGCGGGACGCUCGGCGCGCGGACACUGCGCGAGAUCUGCAUGCCCGGCGCGCACGAUGCGGGGAUGAGCGCGCGGAACGGUGGCACGGCGGGCGCGUUCGACUGCAACUCGCUCACGCAGACCACGGGCAUCGCGGGCCAGCUGGCCGCGGGCGCGCGGUACUUCGACGUGCGCCCGGCGAUCAGCGGGGGGGAGUACUACACGGGGCACUACUCAGACCUGGGGAACGUGACGUGGCAGGGCGCGAAUGGGCAGUCAAUACAGAGCAUCGUGGACGACGUGAACGCGUUCACGGUGGACAAUGCGGAGCUCGUGAUCCUGGACCUGUCGCACGAUCUGAACACGGACGUGGGGAACGACGCGUAUAGGAACUUCAACCAGGGCGAGUGGGACGCGCUGUUUGCGCUGCUCGCAGGGUCACUGCAGCACCUCUUCGUCGCGCCGGGGGACCCGACGUCCGUCGACCUGACGCUGCUCACGCUGGACCAGUUCAUAGGCGCCGGCACGCCCGCCGUGGUCGUGAUCUUCUCCCCGGGCGACGCGAGCACGGGGCUCGGCGCGUACCACGGGCAGGGGUUCUACACGUACGCGCAGCUCAACGCGUACAACAGCUACUCGAACACGAACGACGCGGCGACGAUGGUCGCGGACCAGCUUGCGAAGCUGCAGGUGCCCGGCGUCGCGUAUAGGCUGCUGUCGUGGACGCUCACGCAGGACGCGACGGAGGCAGCGACGUGCGAGUUCGGGACGGCGAGCGGGAUCCUGGACCUCGCGCGCACGGCGAACCCGCUGCUGUAUAGCAAGCUGCUGCCCGCGUGCAGCGCGGGGGUCUUCCCGAACGUGCUUUUCGUGGACGAUAUGAGCGACUCGGCGAUCGUGCCGCUGGCCAUGGCGGUGAACCAGUUCCUCAACGGCUCGGCAUAAGUUGACCCAGAUGUACUAGUCCUAUAUGCCCAAUACAAUUGUCUCUCAGUGUCAUUUCCUUAUUUUGCGCAGCACCUGAGACCCUUACUUCUCACGUACUAGCGAGCAUAUAAGUAUAUGUUGACCGGCACUCACAGCUUUCAUGGACGCCAGCCAUUGCCAAGCCUAAGACCUUCCAUUGAUGCAUGGCGCAGUGGGUAUAGAGCACAGCGGGAACGAGGCAUGUCAUAUGCUUGGAUAUGAAAGACUAUACUUAGCAGCUGGAUCACAUGAAACCUCGUUGUCGAACAGGAUAGAUUUAGAAUUGCAGUGUCUUCAAGAAUGGUCAACAGGCAAGUGCACCAUUGAGAAGAAUACAUAUUCGGAGCAUUUGCCUUGUCGAGAUGCUUG